CCGGCCAGGCCUGUGCCUGCCCCGGACCCUAUAAGGCCUGGGAGCAGAAAGCAGAGCCAGCUGCCAGCUGCGCCACCAGUCACUCCAAAGGACCCUCACACGGUCUAGCUGCUUAUAGUAUUAACAUGUCUGCUCAAGGGGAAGGAGGCCGAGAGCCCAAACCCAAGGGCAAGACCCUGAGCAGCUUCUUGGGGUUCCUGCCUGGCUUCAGUUCUGCUCGGAACCUGGUGGCCAAUGCCCAAGGCCCAGCGAGAGAGGUCCAGCCAGUCACUGAUCCCUCAGGUGCUACCACCCCCCAAGCCACCCAUCCCCAGGCCCAGGCAGCUACCAGUCCGAAGCAGAUGGCAAGGGAGGUGGAGAUGCCGCUGCCGCCUUCAGACAAGAUGAUCUCCGGGGCGAAGGACCUGGUGUGCUCCACGAUGACCAAAACCCAGGAUGCCGUCUCCUCCGGGGUGGCCAACAUGAUGGACUCGGCUAAAGAUGUGGUCCAGGGAGGACUGGCCAUGACCCGACCUGUGCUCACAGGAACCAAGGAAGCUGUGGCCAGUGCAGUCACGGGAGCAGUAGGUGUGGCCAAGGGCGCCGUCCACACGGGUGUGGACACCACCAAGACCGUCCUCACUGGCACCAAGGACACAGUGUCCACUGGCCUCACUGGGGCAAUGGGUGUGGCCAAGGGCGCCGUUCAGACAGGUGUGGACACCACCAAGACUGUCCUCACAGGUGCCAAGGACACAGUGUCCACUGGCCUCACUGGGGCAAUGGGAGUGGCCAAGGGCGUUGUCCAGACUGGUAUGGACACCACCAAGACCGUCCUCACUGGCACCAAGGACACAGUGUCCACUGGCCUCACUGGGGCAAUGGGUGUGGCCAAGGGCGUUGUCCAGACUGGUGUGGACACCACCAAGACCGUCCUCACUGGCACCAAGGACACAGUGUCCACUGGCCUCACUGGGGCAAUGGGAGUGGCCAAGGGCGCUGUCCAGACUGGUAUGGACACCACCAAGACCGUCCUCACUGGCACCAAGGACACAGUGUCCACUGGCCUCACUGGGGCAAUGGGAGUGGCCAAGGGCGUUGUCCAGACUGGCGUAGACACCACCAAGACCGUCCUCACUGGCACCAAGGACACAGUGUCCACUGGCCUCACUGGGGCAAUGGGUGUGGCCAAGGGCGCUGUCCAGACUGGCGUGGACACCACCAAGACUGUCCUCACAGGUGCCAAGGACACAGUGUCCACUGGCCUCACUGGGGCAAUGGGUAUGGCCAAGGGCGCUGUCCAGACUGGUAUGGACACCACCAAGACCGUCCUCACUGGCACCAAGGACACAGUGUCCACUGGCCUCACUGGGGCAAUGGGUAUGGCCAAGGGCGCUGUCCAGACUGGCGUGGACACCACCAAGACCGUCCUCACUGGCACCAAGGACACAGUGUCCACUGGCCUCACUGGGGCAAUGGGUGUGGCCAAGGGCGCUGUCCAGACUGGCGUGGACACCACCAAGACCGUCCUCACAGGCGCCAAGGACACAGUGUCCACUGGCCUAACUGGGGCAAUGGGUGUGGCCAAGGGCGCUGUCCAGACUGGCGUGGACACCACCAAGACUGUCCUCACAUGGCCCAAGGACACAGUGUCCACUGGCCUCACUGGGGCAAUGGGUGUGGCCAAGGGCGCCGUCCAGACUGGCGUGGACACCACCAAGACUGUUCUCACUGGCGCCAAGGACACAGUGUCCACUGGCCUCACUGGGGCAAUGGGUGUGGCCAAGGGCGCUGUCCAGACUGGUAUGGACACCACCAAGACCGUCCUCACUGGCACCAAGGACACAGUGUCCACUGGCCUCACUGGGGCAAUGGGUGUGGCCAAGGGCGCUGUCCAGACUGGCGUGGACACCACCAAGACCGUCCUCACUGGCACCAAGGACACAGUGUCCACUGGCCUCACUGGGGCAAUGGGUGUGGCCAAGGGCGCUGUCCAGACUGGCGUGGACACCACCAAGACCGUCCUCACAGGUGCCAAGGACACGGUGUCCACUGGCCUCACUGGGGCCAUGGGUGUGGCCAAGGGCGCCGUCCAGACUGGCAUGGACACCACCAAGACCGUUCUCACUGGCACCAAGGACACAGUGUCCACUGGCCUCACUGGGGCAAUGGGUGUGGCCAAGGGCGCUGUCCAGACUGGUAUGGACACCACCAAGACCGUCCUCACUGGCACCAAGGACACAGUGUCCACUGGCCUCACUGGGGCAAUGGGAGUGGCCAAGGGCGCUGUCCAGACUGGUAUGGACACCACCAAGACUGUCCUCACAGGUGCCAAAGACACGGUGUCCACUGGCCUCACUGGGGCAAUGGGUGUGGCCAAGGGCGUUGUCCAGACUGGUAUGGACACGACCAAGACCGUCCUCACAGGUGCCAAGGACACGGUGUCCACUGGCCUUACUGGGGCAAUGGGUGUGGCCAAGGGCACCAUCCAGACUGGCGUGGACACCACCAAGACCGUCCUCGCUGGCACCAAGGACACAGUGUCCACUGGCCUCACUGGGGCAAUGGGUGUGGCCAAGGGCGCUGUCCAGACUGGUAUGGACACCACCAAGACCGUCCUCACUGGCACCAAGGACACAGUGUCCACUGGCCUCACUGGGGCAAUGGGAGUGGCCAAGGGCGCUGUCCAGACUGGUAUGGACACCACCAAGACCGUCCUCACUGGCACCAAGGACACAGUGUCCACUGGCCUCACUGGGGCAAUGGGUGUGGCCAAGGGCGCCGUCCAGACUGGUAUGGACACCACCAAGACCGUCCUCACUGGCACCAAGGACACAGUGUCCACUGGCCUCACUGGGGCCAUGGGUGUGGCCAAGGGCGCCGUCCAGACUGGCGUGGACACCACCAAGACCGUUCUCACUGGCACCAAGGACACAGUGUCCACUGGCCUCACUGGGGCAAUGGGUGUGGCCAAGGGCGCUGUCCAGACUGGUAUGGACACCACCAAGACUGUCCUCACUGGAACCAAGGACACAGUGUCCACUGGCCUCACUGGGGCAAUGGGUGUGGCCAAGGGCACCGUCCAGACUGGUAUGGACGCCACCAAGACCGUCCUCACAGGUGCCAAGGACACGGUGUCCUCUGGCCUCACUGGGGCAAUGGGUGUGGCCAAGGGCGCUGUCCAGACUGGUGUGGACACCACCAAGACCGUCCUCACAGGUGCCAAAGACACAGUGUCCACUGGCCUCACUGGGGCCAUAGGUAUGGCCAAGGGCACCAUCCAGACUGGCGUGGACACCACCAAGACUGUCCUCGCUGGCACCAAGGACACAGUGUCCACUGGCCUCACUGGGGCAAUGGGUGUGGCCAAGGGCGCUGUCCAGACAGGCGUGGACACCACCAAGACCGUCCUCACAGGUGCCAAGGACACAGUGUCCACUGGCCUCACUGGGGCAAUGGGUGUGGCCAAGGGCAUUGUCCAGACUGGUAUGGACACCACCAAGACCAUCCUCACUGGCACCAAAGAUGCAGUGUCCACUGGCCUCUCUGGGGCAAUGGGUGUGGCCAAGAGCGCCGUCCCGACUGGGGCUGGCACUGUACAGAAUUGGUUACCUGGCACUGAGGAAAGCUCCUAUAGUGGAUUCAUCAACAGCAGGGACUUGGACAAAUGUGGGGAAGAAAAUAUCCUGAGCCCCAAGGAAGCUCAGUCUUGCAGGGUCUCCAGCCUCCCAGACACUCCAUGUGCAGGCCGGGACCUUGCCAGAGAAGCCACCACUGACGGCCAUGGCCUUGUUUCUACUGUAGUAACAUUCACACAAGGCGCGAGCCUGAGCAAGGAAAAUGCUGGGUGUAUAGCUACUGCAUGCAGCCAUGAAGGUGUUACGGGCUUUACGACACUUUCGGAUGAGCUGGAGGAGCUGGGGGAGAUCUUCCACCCUAUGAAUGCGGAGGAGCAAGCUCAGUUGGCGGCCUCUGGGUCUGAGCCCAGAGUACCUGCAGGAGACCAGAGGAGCUACUUUGUGCGUCUCGGUGACCUGGCCCACGGCUUUCGCCAGCGAGCCUUUGAGCACGCCAUGAGCCACCUGCAGCAUGGCCAGUUCCAGGCCAGAGCCACGCUGGCCCUGCUUGAGGACUCCUUCAAUAUGAUUGAAAAGGCCAAGCAGGCUCCAGAAGGACAGCUGUGGCCAGAUCCAGGUCCAAGAGACAGAGUGGAGAAAGCCGGUACCCAAGAGGAGGGGCCAGAUUCAGAGGCUCUGUCCAGAACCUGUGGACUCAUGCAGCAGCUCCACGUGGCCUACAGCACCCUGGCCUCUGGCCUCCAGGGUCUUCCAGCUGAGCUCCAGCAGCAGGUGAGACAAGCACGGCACAGCCUCUGUGAGCUCUACGGCAUCGUGUCCUCUGCCAGCUCCAUCACAGAGCUGCCAGCUGAGCGCCUGGCCCAGAGCCGUGAGAGUGUAGGCCGGGCCUGGCAAGGGCUGGAGAAGCUGCUGGAGAGUGUGCAGCACAGCCCCCCACUCAGCUGGCUGGUGGGGCCCUUUGACCUGCACCCUGGUGGGCAGCAGCUAUAGGCCCCCUUCAGAGCCUCCCCAAUCCCAAACCAGCCCCAACUCCCCAAGCACUAGACACUGCUGGCUGGUGCACGGAGGACUUUCUGCAAUAGAUGCGCCAAGCUCCCAGCUCUGAGAUUGUGCCAUCCAUCUUCCCAAGCUCGGCCGGACCUAGGAGCCCAGAGCAACUAAGACCACUGACAGAGGGCCUGCACUUGAAGAUCCUGAGCAAGCCCUCCAGUUAAGAAAGAGAAGUGGAAUGUGCCUGAGUCUGGAAGAUUCUCCACUCAGCACCCCACACUAGGAGCCCCAUUACCUUUGCAGGGGACAUGGGUCUUCCACCCUCAUCUGGGCCUUCAGCUACCAGCUCAGCGGGCUGUCCCGCUCCUCCACCCUGACUCUAAAGCAUCUCCCCUAGCCCUCAGCAAACACCCUGCACCAGAAUGCACCAGAAUGUCACCAUCAUCCAGAGGCAGGGUUUUGGUGCCUCUGCUAACCCCAGCAUGGCUAAAAGAGGAGGCUUCUUGAGGACAAAGCCACCAGCAGCAACUCCCUCAACUCCAGGCUCUGCAGGGCCGUUCCUUGAGGACUACAUUACCCAGGGGCGAGAAAAGUGGUUACAUGUCAAGCCCCUUCUGCCUCUUCCGCUCACCCACCUGCCCUGCCCUGUAAGCCACUCACAUGAUUAGAGAGCUGAGGUUCUGGUCUCUGAGGCACCUGGGCCCAGAGGCUGCCCAUGGCUGAAGUACUUUCCCCACUGGGGACAGGGCCCAAGGAAGGAUGUGACCAAAUGUGCUGAAUGACCCCCCAGGUCUUGGGGAGGUACUCCAGGUUGGAGACUAGGGCCUGACAUGGUUUAGAAGGUCCCUGCCUUCCCGGCUGCAGGGGUCCAAGUCUACUGCCCCUGAACCCGAAUGUGAAAACUUACCAUAUUCAUCCAAGAAAGGUUCCCUCACCAGCCUUGGCCUCUCUCCAGCUGGGAGCUGCAUGUCAGAGCAGCAGCAGCCCACCCAAGCCGUGCUGAGCUCCCCUCCUCAGAACUCACCGCACACCAACAGCACACCCCACACUGCACCCUCUUCUCGGAAAUGACCGGGCGCUCGGAGCACCAGGUCAGAGGGGCCGGCUCUCGUCAAGGGUUACCAAAGGUGUCCAGGGUCUUCCCUGGGGACUGGAGAACCUUCUGAGCCUCUCUCUCCUCAGCCUCUACCACAUUAGGUAAUCAAAGGUGAAGACACCGGGAGCCACAGAAACCUGGCGAAGUGACUGGCCUUCAAGUCCAGUCACACCAGUGCGGGUAGGUGUGGAAGUGGACAGGACUCAGAAGUCCCCUGCCACACCACGGUCUCCCUCCCUCUCAGCUGGGAUGGAUGAAGGCAGCCAGGGGCCACUGCCUAACCGGGAACUGCUGUGCGCGGGUACCUGGCCGAGCUAGCCCCACCCCCCACCUGAAUCCUCGGCACAGUCCUGUAAGGCUGGAGUCAGCCCUGUCCAGGGGAAAAGAGAAGCCCGGAGCGGGAGUGCCACUCGCCCUCGGUCACACAGUGAGGCCUACCCCCAGUGCUCAUGUCCUCUGGACGCGUAAAGACAAUGGAUGGCUCAGAGAACGCUUCCAGGCCUGAAUGCUCCAGGCCAGGGACUCCGGGGCUUGCCUUGUGGAGAAUGGGUUACAGUGCCAACUGCAGCUUGGGGGACACCGACAGCAGCUUGAGGCAAGAGGGACAGCGGCUGCAUCAGGUGGGCACAGCAGUGGCUUCUGGGGAAAACAUGGUGGCCACUCAGCCUCUUCUCCUUCUUCCUGCGCACUGGGAAGCCAAACCCGGGACAUCAAACCACAGCCUCUGUUUGAGCCUCAAAGUUCAGAGAGUUUUAUUUUUCCUUUAUUGUUUUUGGAAAAGCCUCGUUCCUAUCCCACUGUUUCACCGUCAGCCCUAGCAGGAUGGGAACACUGUUAAAACCAAACUCACAUUCACUGUAUAUGGUGAUACUAUGGCUUAGAACAC